GUUGUAUUUCAUGUCAAACCACCUGAGGAGACACUUAAGGCGCGCUGGCUGAGGGUGCCAGCGGCAGUAGAGAAACGUCAUUCACUAAGCAAGGUCACAUCACUUGAAUAACUGUACUGGACGGCCCGACUUUGUGUUUGCCUCGCCUUUCAGGAAAUGGACGGCAGGAUCAGACCGCUUGGCCUCGCCGGGCACGCCGCCAACCCGCUCGGCGGUUUGCAGGUGCCCCCAUCUCUCCUGCGUCCUCCGCCCCUCUUCCUCAGGGCGUGUAACCCCGCGCUGGAGAGGGGAUACCCCCGCACCCCGAAGUGCGCCAGAUGCAGGAACCACGGCGUGGUCUCGGCACUGAAAGGCCACAAGCGCUUCUGUCGCUGGAGAGACUGCGUGUGCGCAAAGUGCACUCUGAUAGCGGAGAGGCAGCGGGUGAUGGCCGCGCAAGUGGCACUGAGGAGGCAGCAGGCUCAGGAGGAGAGCGAGGCCCGGGAGCUCCGGCUCUUUUACCCUGGCUCGGGCAUCGGUGGCGAAUCGGGGGACCCUCAGAGGUCACCCGUAGGCCCCGGGGUGCCAGCAACUACCAGCAACACUCCAACAGCUCCCAGUUUUGAUGUAUUUGGAUCAGAGAACCAAAAAGAAGAUGACAAACUGAGCAAGUACAACUUCUAUAACGGAUUCAUGGCUCAGCCCCUGUUUGCACCGCACACCGCACGGCUGCACUCCUCCCCAAGUGACAAGAAGGACAUGUCUCCAAACAAGGACAACAACAGCUCAUCCACUGAUGGGAGCGCAAGUCCGUCCCCGGUGUUUAAUCACACAGAGAGCCCACAGAGGACAUUUUCCUCCUCAGAUCCAGAAUCUGGCAGCGAGUCGGAGAAACCCAAAGACUUCCCGAUCCUGGACCGGGACCCCACCGACAUCAUGGCCAAGAUCUUCCCCUAUCACAAACGGGACACCCUGGAGUCAAUGGUGAGAACGUGCAAAGGUGACAUUGUCAGAUCCAUUGAACUCAUGCUGAGCUCCAAAGAGAACAAACUUGACACUGAGAGCUUGACUCUGUCUAACCACCCAAACACGGUCAGGCCUUCUGUUGGAUUGCCUGGAGCGGUUGGUGCUCUGGGAAGCAAAUCUGCCUUCUCCCCGCUCCACAUGCCGCCGACGGCCGCUGGGGGAGACAGUCUCUAUGGGCUCAGCCCGCGCCUCGGUGUCAGCCCCCUGCGGCUGGCCUAUUCCUCUGCAAACGGUGGUAUGGCAGGUUUUAUGUCUCCAUACAUGACAUCCGGACUGAUGCCAGUUUUUCCACUGCGUCCACCCUUGGACUCAUAUUCCUUUCCGGGUGUGAUUAGAGACCUUUCCUAUUUUCAGAGCAAGGAGUCACUAUGCAGCACAGGUCUUUACACGCGCCUUAACAGUGAAAAAUGACACAUUAAAACGUUACUCUUGAGAAAUAUUAUUAUUGUUCAGUCUUAUUUUAAAUUGGCUUUCAGCAUUUACAUUUAAUUGGCCUUACAACAAAACUUGACUUUUUUUUAUAGUUUAGCCUACAUGUUAUAAAGAUUGUUUAUUAUUAAUAAAGCCAUCAAAAGGUG